AUGCGAGCCGCCCCGAGCCUCCGCGGCUGCCUCUGCCUGCUGCUCGCCGCGAUCCUGGACCUGGCGCGCGGCUACCUGACCGUCAGCAUUGAGCCUCUGCCCCCUGUCGUGGCUGGGGAUGCCGUGACCUUGAAGUGUAACUUCAAGACGGAUGGUCGCAUGCGCGAGAUCGUGUGGUACCGGGUGAUGGAUGGCGGCACCAUUAAGCAGAAGAUCUUCACCUUCGAUGCCAUGUUCUCUACCAACUACUCACACAUGGAGAACUACCGCAAGCGCGAGGACCUGGUGUACCAAUCCACCGUGAGGCUGCCCGAGGUCCGGAUCUCAGACAACGGCCCCUACGAGUGCCACGUGGGCAUCUACGACCGCGCCACAAGGGAGAAGGUGGUCCUGGCAUCAGGCAACAUCUUCCUCAAUGUCAUGGCUCCUCCCACCUCCAUCGAAGUGGUGGCUGCUGACACACCCGCCCCGUUCAGCCGCUACCAAGCCCAGAACUUCACACUGGUCUGUAUCGUGUCCGGAGGGAAACCAGCGCCCACGGUUUAUUUCAAACGCGAUGGGGAACUGAUCGACGCGGUGCCCCUAUCAGAGCUACCAGCUGAGAGCUCUGGCCCCCUCCAGGACAGCAGGCCCUUCCGCAGCCUCCUGCACCGUGACCUGGAUGACACCAAGAUGCAGAAGUCACUGUCCCUUCUAGAUGCUGAGAACCGGGGUGGGCGUCCCUACACGGAGCGUCCUCCUCGUGGUCUGACUCUGGAUCCCAGCGUCCUCCUCCAACCAACCACUGAGAACAUCCCAGAGACGGUCGUGAGCCGCGAGUUCCCCCGCUGGGUGCACAGCGACGAGCCGGUCUACUUCUUGCGGCACAGUCGCAUCCCAGGCAGCGACGGCACUGUGGAGGUGCGUGCCCUGCUCACCUGGACCCUCAACCCGCAGAUCGACAACGAGGCCCUCUUCAGCUGCGAGGUCAAGCACCCAGCGCUGUCGAUGCCCAUGCAGGCAGAGGUCACGCUGGUUGCCCCCAAAGGACCCAAAAUUGUGAUGACACCCACCAGAGCCCGGGUCGGGGACACAGUGAGGAUUCUAGUCCACGGAUUCCAGAAUGAAGUCUUCCCAGAGCCCCUGUUCACGUGGACGCGGGUUGGGAGCCGCCUCCUGGAUGGCAGCACUGAGUUUGAUGGAAAGGAGCUGGUACUGGAGAGGGUUCCUGCUGAGCUCAAUGGCUCCAUGUACCGCUGCACAGCCCAGAACCCGCUGGGCUCCACCGACACACACACCCGGCUCAUUGUGUUUGAAAACCCAAAUAUUCCAAGAGGAACGGAGGACUCCAAUGGUUCUGCCUCUGGCCCUGCUGGCAUCCGGCUCACCUUGGUGCUCGCCCUAACAGUGGUCCUGGAGCUGACGUGA